UCAGCAAACGAGGAUUCAGUGUCCGAUCCUUUGGAACAGGGACUCAUGUGAAACUGCCAGGACCAGCACCGGACAAGCCGAAUGUUUAUGAUUUCAAAACAACAUAUGAUCAGAUGUACAAUGAUCUGCUUAGGAAAGACAAAGAACUAUACACACAGAAUGGGAUUUUACACAUGUUGGACAGAAAUAAGAGAAUCAAGCCACGACCAGAAAGAUUCCAGAACUGCAAAGAUGUUUUUGAUUUGAUCCUAACGUGUGAAGAAAGAGUCUAUGAUCAAGUAGUAGAAGAUUUAAAUUCCAGAGAGCAGGAGACAUGUCAGCCAGUACAUGUGAUCAAUGUGGACAUUCAGGAUAACCAUGAGGAGGCAACACUGGGUGCAUUCCUUAUCUGUGAGCUCUGCCAGUGUAUACAGCACACAGAAGACAUGGAAAAUGAAAUAGAUGAGCUGUUACAGGAAUUUGAAGAGAAAAGUGGAAGGACUUUUCUUCAUACUGUCUGCUUUUAUUAAAGCACAUCUGUCUCCUAGGCCUUAAUAGAGAUGAGGGAAGCAUGUGUUUCAAGUUCUGACUAUACUGUAUUUUCCUGGAAAAUGAAUAUUGUUCUUCUUUUUUUUUUUUUUUGUUUUGUUUAAAAACUCCUUUUCAGUGUCUUUUUGUUUUGUUUCAGGUAUUCUGUCACAGGGAGGCAGAGAUACUGGUUGGCAUUGUACAUAUGAGAUGAUUAAAAAGUAUACACAAAGGCCGCCUAUUUAAAAAUGCAAAUCAAGUUUUUCUUUAAAUCCUGCUUUAAUUAUUACAAGUAGGGUUUUAAUUAUAAAGAGAAUGUUUCUUGAAUAUAAGUUUAUAAUGGAUUUUUCCAGCUUACAAAUUCUAUUUUAUUUCAGUUGUGCUUUUCUGGGUUUUUUUUUUUUAUUUGAAUGUGACAGAAUGGCUGAACUCUGUGAGGAUCUGAAUGGAACAAUAUAAAAAUGAGUAUCUGUAUAUUAUUAAAAGUUGGAAGCAUCCAAUAAAA